UUUAUGUUGUUGCUUUUUCUUUCGUCUUUAGGUUCAACAGUAUGUGUUUUAUCACCUUGGAUGCCUUGGAGUGCAAAUUUUGGUUUUGGUCAACAGUCGCGUGCAAGGACGGUCAAAUCAGGACAACCAGGGACACAGUGCGGGAAACUUGAAGAAGUCCGCUACACUGGUAAAGUUCCUACUGUGAAAGAAACGGCAAAUAAUAUAAAGAAUUUCUUUUUGCGACCAACUGGACAAAGUCUUACUCUUAGAAGUGGUACUACAAUUUUACCAAGAGAUUUGGUGCUUAUCUUAGACAGUUCUGGAAGUAUUGGCGUUUCGAAUUUUAACCUCGCAAAGGAACAAUUAAGCAAACUUGUAGGUCUGUUGUGUCCGAUCCCUCCAUUUGAUAGGAUUGUCGGAUUUCAAUAUCAAUAUAACCAAGCUGCCAUGGUGACGUAUUCGACGGAUGUGUUAACAAACUUUUAUUUCAGUACACACAGUACCACAGUCAGUAUUCAGAAUGCCAUCAGAAGUGUCCCAUAUUUAGGAGGGUUGACAUAUACCAACAAAGCAUUUGAUCGCAGCCUGGUACAG